UCCUUUUUUAAUAUCUCUCCCUCUAGCUCUUAUCAUACGCACCCACAUACUCUGACAUCACAUGGCUCCGGAUCAACAACCCCACCACCCAAAUCCGACCGAAACCCGCCUCAUCCCGGCCGUCCAGGGCCCAACAACACGCUUCCAGAUCCCCCUCCGCCGGCGUAAACUGCCGACAGUCCGCCUCGGAGGGAAGAAGCCCCGGAGAGCCUUUAUUCUAGCGAGAGUUUUUAGGAGGAUAAGGCUAAGAUGGCUUAAGUUGCAGUACACGUGCAUGCUGAAGAAGCUCAGGGAGUAUUAUCGGAAUUUGGUUAAGGAUAUCGUGGACGCCGGCGCAACGCUGGAGACUUUCCACCAGAGGGUUCUGAUGGAGGCCUCUCUAGCCGUUCCGGUCAUGGGCGUUUCUUUCAAUAACUAUCCGUCUGUUUCCGGGUCAGGCCGCCCUUGAAGAUCCCUCAUCAUGUAGAAGUCUUUGUCUUCGAUCUUUCUUCGUAAGCUUUCAUCUGCAUCCAUUUCUUGCUCUACCACCUUGCUUGUUUUUUCUUUUUUGUUUCUCCCUUUAUUUAAAUCAUUUGAAUGAAUCUGUAAGAAAGUGAAAUGAACAUGUAUAAUAAUAUAUU